UGUAAUCUUGAAAUAAGCUUCUUCUAGUAUUACAUUUUUCAACACAAAUACUCAGUUUGUAACCUCUUAUUGUAUGCACGAGUUUUGCAGGUCCACAUGGCUAAUUCAAUGAUACCGAUAGUUGAUCUCUCUCCUUUCUUAAGACAAGGAGAUGAAGAUGGCAAGAGAAAGGUGAGAGAAGUGAUCGACGAAGCGAGUUCUCUAUAUGGUUUCUUCCAAAUUAUCAAUCAUGGGGUGCCUUUGGAUUUAAUGAGCCGUGCCCUGAAACUAUCAAAAACUUUCUUUGUGUCUUCAGUUGAAGAGAAAAUGAAAUGUUCUCCAUUGCCAGGGUUACCUUUUCCUGCUGGCUAUAAUAGAAAACCGAAUCCAUCUUAUGAGUUUGCAGAGUUCUUGGUUAUGCUUCAGCCUGGAUCCAACUUCAAUGUUUUUCCUGCCAAUCAUCCACAGCUCCGAGCAGUAAUGGAAGAUUUAUUCGAUCAAUUUGUGAAGAUUGGAGCAAUUUUAGAGAGCAUACUAAGUGAGACUUUAGGUCUGCCUCCAAGGACUCUCCAAGAAUUUAACAAUGAGAGAAAUUCAGAUGUGUUAACAGCUCUGUAUUAUUUACCAGCAACAGUGAAGGAAAAAAUUGGAAUAAGUUCACAUAGAGAUGUUGGAUGUAUAACAUUUGUGUUACAGGAUGAAGUUGGAGGGCUUGAAGUUCAAAAGGAUGGUAAAUGGAUCCCUGUAACUCCAAAAGAAGGUGCCCUUGUUGUCAACAUUGGUAUAAUUCUUCAGGUAUUGACAAAUAACAAAUACAAGAGUCCAAAUCAUAGGGUGGUGAGACCCAAUGGAAGAUCAAGAAAUUCAUUUUCAUUCUUCUAUAAUGUAUCAGGAGAAAAAUGGGUUGAACCACUUCCCAAUUUCACUAAACAGAUAGCAGAGAAACCCAAGUAUAAGGGAUUUUUGUACAGUGACUAUUUACAAAAGCGCAAGGAAAAUAAGCUCAAGCGUACUUCUGGUCUUGAAGACGAUCUUGGCUUAUCUUAUUUUUCACUUACUGUAUAAAGAUCAUUUAUCUGUCUCUUAUCAA